ACGCGCGCACUAUUAUUGUUUAACUUAGUGAGUCAACGGCGUCAAGACUAUUUUUAGUUAAAUCACUCUAUUAAUAGUCAGUCACGAUUAUCAGAUACACAAUUAUCAGGUGCAGCUUCGUACACUGAUCAGGCAACAGAAAUGAAGUUUAAAACGGUACCCGAGGGAGAACAAGCAGUCGUAUUCAAUCAUCUAGGACAAGGAGAAUUGUUAGUGGGACCACAGAGGAUAUUCCUGUUUAGGAAGAGACUCCAGUUUUUGGAUUUAUGCACAGCUAACCAGUAUCAGUACUUGGUAGUGAAGGACAAAGAUGGUAGAGUUACACACAGGCCAGGCCCCUGCAGCAUGUUUUGUAACCCCCUAGAGCACGAAAGUAUCUACGUGAGAGAUGGAACACAGAUAGAUGCCAACCAUGUUGUUGUGGUUUACAAGAAAAGAUCAGAUCAGGUUGUUGAGAGAAGGGUCAUAGAUGGCCCUACUGUUUUCAUGCCAGAGGCAGAAGAAUGGCUUCAUGAGUUUAAAUGGCAUGGACCAGAUUAUUCAAACGAGGGGAGAAUGGUUCCAGGGUCUUGGACAUUCAGUCAGCUUCCUGUGAUACCUGAUCACUUUUAUUAUAAUAUUGGAGAGGUACGCACAAUAGAUGACACCAUGAUCACUGUCAAACUGAUGAUAUUCUGUGAGUUGAAGGAUAUUAUUAAAAUGCUGGAAACCACUCAUGAUCCUAUGGCAGAUAUGAUUAAUGGUGUAUGUGCAGAUGUGAUUGCCUUUGCUGGAAAACUCACCUAUGAAGAAUUUCUGAGACAGACUCAAAAGCUGAGUACGUUAGAGACUUUCCCACAGCUUCUGCAGAGGGCAGAGAGGAUUGGUUACGACAUCAACAAGGUUGUGUACAGAGGAUACCAUGCUACAAAACAGCUUCAGUCUAUGCAUGAUGAUGCCAUCCAGUCCAGAACUCAGCUGCGUCUCACGGGAGAGGUUCAUGAACAGCAACAGAGACUGAAGGAUUUUGUUCUCUCCAGGGAGCAGGCCAGAACACAGCAAAAGCAGGACAUGGAAAGGUCCAAGCAGCAACACAACCAGAAACUUGAAGAACUACAACAGGAGCAUGAACUGAAGCUGACAGAGCUCAGACAUCAGGCAGAACUCCAGAAGGAAGAUAUAGAAAGCAAGGCAAGACUGGAAAUUGAAAAAGCCAAAGAUGACCAUGCAGCAAGCUACCUUAAGAAUCUGCAGGACUUGGGUGUGGAUAUGACCAGAUACUUGGUCAGUCAGCAGCCGGCCCCUAUUGACCAAGAGAUUCGGGUCAACAGGACCACUUAGCUGGGAAAAGAAGGUCCAACCUUGUGGCUAGGUUAGGCUCUACUACAGAGUUGACAGUAUCCCACAAAUCUGUGAUUUUCCAUUAUUUAUGUUGUUUGCUAUGUUGUUUUAAUUUGAGUCUUGUGAAUGUAGUUUAAAAUUCUUGCCAGUGGUCCAUUUUGUUUUUUGCCAUAAAUUUAUAUUUUUGUCUGCAGUGUGAGCAAUCCAAGUAUGACAACUUAUAUAUGUGAAAAUUAUAUAUGCAAAGGAGGACUCUGAGUUUAUGCAUAGAGGCAAAGUGAUCUACAACAACAGAGACACCCAUUUAUGGGACACCACAGUAUGGGGCAGAACUUUCAGUGCACUUUGACCUUAAAUAAAUCAAUGUCAACUUUUCUGAGAAUGUUGGCCAAUUUCACAAAAAUAAAAAAUGACAUCAAGAGUUUCUCCAUUCAGAGGAAUACACACACUUAUCAGGGGUCAAGUAAACUACAGUUUCUCAUUUUAAAGCUAAGACCAGCUACCUACUGAAUGAGUUUUUUGUGAUAUGGAGUCCUUGGCUACUGAAGCCACCCUGAUCUUUCAUUUUGUAUUCAAUUUUAUUUAUUUAUUAUUAUUUUUUUACAUAUGUAAGUAGGUAGAAGAGAGUCAAUACUCUGAGAUUUUGGGUAUAAUAGUGCAUAAUCUAACAACCUGCAGGACAGGUCAUAUUCAUAUUUCAGCAUUUGGAGGAUUAAUAUUUGCAUGUGUAGAAUUAAUAACACAGCCUGAUAAGUGAAAAUGUCUUGGUGGAAGAGGUUGACUGGUGUUAUUGUUCAGGUGUUGCAAUUGAUGGGCUCUGUGGAAAUUGUUAAUACAGGUGCAGUGGCAGGACCAUUUUUUUUUUGGAGGGGGGGUACUUAAAAUAAAUCAUUUAUUUACAUGUGAAUCUGAACAAAGUUUACAUCUUUUUUAGGGGUUUUAAGGGUUUGGAAGAUACUUCCAUUUAUUUUUAACAAUAAGGUAUUUUAUAAAAACGUAUUGUACAUGUAUUUUGUUUUUAUUUGUGUGUUGUAUGGCUUUAAGACAUGUUGUGUUGAUUUUAUCUUAUAAAUAAAUUUUGUUGCAAAUAUGGAAUAGCAAAACAUCUAAUUAAGAAAUAUAAUAAGUACAUAAUGCAGUUUCAUAAUAGAUAUUUAUUUUAUAGAAAUGUUAGAUAUAUAUUGAUUGUAUCUAUGAAUUUGAAAUUUUUGCCUGUUUUGAAUUGUCUUAAUGAUUGUCAUUUUUGAUAAAUUACUUUGAAUGAUGUUUGAUGUUGAUUUCUCAUCAUAUUAUGUGUAAGAUGUCCUAUGUCAUAAUAAUUUAUUUGUCAUAUAGUACUCAUUAGAUUUUGUACUAAACGAAUUUUAAACAAAUAACUGUGAAAAGAAAGUGCAGGCACUCUUACACUGUUGACAAUAUUUAUUAAAGAUAUUUAGCUCUUAUUAAUUAAAUGCUGAGAUUUAAAUGCAUUUUGUAUGUUAUACAUAUAAGUGACAUAAAAUGUGUUUGUUGAUUUCUG